AUGUCCGCUGUCGCAUCCGUCCCAGCGGUUAAUGGAAACCAUGAUUCCAGUAAAGACUCCAACCCUGAACAUAGCCCGUCACGGUUCACCGCUGUAAAUGGGAGAGACCAGGGUUCGCUGCCUUCUCAUAACAACAACAACAGCAAUAGCAAUAGCAACAGCAACAAUACCAAUAACAGCAAUCCUAGUUAUACCGGGCCGACUGAGAACAAUUCCACUGCAGCUCAUAACGAAGAACCAUCCGUGAAUGCCCCCACGGAGCGCGAUCGCGCUUCAAGGAAUUCCGUGACGCCGUCCCACCAACCAGAACAACCCGGAGAAUCCGCAAAUCCCUCAACCCAGGAUCCCGAACCCACCUACGUCGCUUCCGAUGGGCUAUCAUCCCCCAAUACAAAUCGAAAUAAGCGAAAGCGUUCAGAAUCGGGUCAAACUUCUCCAUCCUCGUACCAGGAAAACCACAGCGUUUCUACGAGUCCUGUUCCCCAACCCAAUCCUCAAAUUCAAGGCGCUGGCCCGAAUGGCGCGAGUCAUAUGCAAUCGACAUCGGAAGCGGAUGCAGCGGCUAGGAAAGCUAGGCAAGCAUAUUCGGCAGUCCCGGAGCGGAGUAUCAGCGUUCAAUCGACAGGCAACACCUCUCCCUGGGAUAACUACGAUACGCAACUGGCGAAUCAUGCACAACUCGGUCACCAGCCUAUUGAUUCUUCGGAUGCGCAGCUCGCGGAAGCUCUUCAGCGCGAUGUCCAAGGCCCUGAACAUGCCGCAAAGAUUUGGUCGAUAGUGCCCGAGGGUAAUAACUGUUUGCGCGGUGGCUUUUUAUGCGAAGGUUAUUCGUCCCGAAGCACUUGGCAGAAGCCCUCUACUUCCAAAGCCCCUGUUCCACUCCAAGCCAAAGAUGGCUAUUCCGAGGUACCUCAUUACAUUCCCGACAUGAGCCCCCAGAGACACGAUAGGGCUCCUGCUGCAAUACCUACAAAUAAUGGCAAGUCUAGACCUAUCCCCGUAGACGAAAUCGAGCAUGUUCAUGUUCCCUCGCAACACAUCACAAGUGUGGCUGGCGUGGGAUCUAGAGGUUCGUGGUCGAAUGUUACCUGGCCGUCUGGUCCCUCGUCUUUCACGCCGGAACAUCCUGCCCAAAGACAAUCUCGAGAUGGUCCUGGUAUUAAUAAGAUUUCUCGUGCAGAGCAACCAAAAUCCGAUUAUCAUUCCGCACUGCGGGAAAUGUCCCAUGGCGCUCCACAUCAGAAGCGUGGAAUGCCCGUCUUUCAAGGCAAUAUCGACCAGCGUCCGAAACACCAACAACAACAACCCCACGUUGACGCUACCAACUACCCGGCUCAAGCUCGGUUAGCUCUUAACAUGGAGUCCCACGUGGCAUUCGAGGCAACCAAGACCGAGAAGGAGAAAAUGCUUGCCGGGGAACCGUACCAGAAUUAUUUUGACCCACAGCUCAACCGAGAGCGAGAACGGUGCAAGGCUGCGUUAUGGCGAUACAAUAACGCGAGCAAUCCGAAUCUAGGAAUUAGCCCGGAUGAGCGCCGGCGACUCCUACAACAAGUCCUAAUGCCUCCAUUAGACCCGCAAGCCGAGCCAAGCCCCAAUACCCCCGUAGGAUCCUUGGGGCCUUGUGCCAUUGUCGAAACGCCUUUCAACUGUCAUUUUGGCUACAACAUCAACAUCGGGGAAGACGUACUGAUAUCUGAAAACUGUCUGCUCGCGGAUGAUUGCCCGAUCAACAUAGGUGCGCACACAUGGAUCGGCCCCAACGUCACGAUCCUAGGAUCCAUGGCGAUGGGAAGCAUGCUGGAUCGCAAGGGCUCUCGCAGCAAGUACCAGGGCCGCCCCGUCGUUAUUGCUGAGGACUGUUGGAUUGGCGCUGGGGCUACAAUUUUACCCGGUGUGAGUCUCGGGAGGGGUGCGUAUAUUGCCCCGGGAGAAGUUGUCAAGCAACAAAUACUGCCGUACGGUUUCCAAGGGUUGAAGCCUAAUUUCCCUUAA